UUAUGUACGCUUACAUUUCGUACCAUCUAGAAGAUCGCAAUAUGUCGACGAAUGUGGCCAGGAAUGUAAUUCGUCAAAUUCUGGCGAGCUACCGGUCAACCAAAGGCUUUGACAGGGUGGGCAGGAAGAUUGAGCUCCUGUCAAUGUCAGAAGGUAAAGCUUCUUUCAAGAUGAAAGUUGAAGAGAGUCAUCAGAAUCCAAUGGGCAACCUCCAUGGUGGAAUGACAGCAACUUUGAUUGACAUGUUAACCACAGUGGUGACAUUUACAUUGCCCCCACACAAGCCUGGUGUCAGUGUUAAUUUGAGCAUAAGCUACUUAAGACCAGUUCCAGUUGGAGAAGAUGUUACUAUAAAUGCAGAAGUUAUCAAGAUGGGUCGUACAUUGGUCUUCACUACUGGUGAACUAUUAAACAAAGAUGGCAAACUUGUGGCAAAAGCCAGCCAUACUAAAUUCAUUGGGGAAGGGCAACCCACACCAUUCACUGACAAGCAAGAAUCAUAAUUUCUGAAAAACAUGUUGGAAUUCUUCAAACAAUGUCAUCCUGAUACUAGUAUUUUAGCUAAACCUCUCUCUAUCCUGGAAAUUCAAUUAUCUUUUUUAUCUUUUCGCUCCUGACAUUCAAAUAACCCCUCUUGGAUAGAGAUAUCUACUGGAUAUUGUGCAUUAAUGAGCUCCUUCAGUUUUGACGUUCUCUCAGUCCUGGUCAGGACUAGGUAAAUUUUAAUCCACGCACUACAUUACAACCCUAAUAAUGAUAACAAUUCCACUGAUGAUAGUGGACGUGCUGCCAAAGCUUAUUUGGAAAUGUAGAUAACUUUGUUGUAUUUUAAAGGAGUAAACGUGGGAUAUUUAACUAUUGGUGGUUUCAUCUGAAAAGAUUUACAAAACAGUAGGGUUCGUAGUAAUUAUUGAAAAAAUCAGUUGGUGAACCCCAUGAAUACCAGUAAAUGACCAUAAGUGACAGAAAACACCAAAUCUCCACAUUGGGAAAUCUUUACUUUAUUUUUUUUUUUUUCAUGCUUUUCUGUCAUUGACAAUUUAGUUAUUAAAGGAUGAUGUGACCUCAUUUCAGCUCAGUGCAACUUUUGCGAAUGUAAAGAAAGAUAACACAAAAAUGUUACACUUUUAUAGCAUUAAUUAAGUUCUCUUUUUCAAAAAUAUGUAUUUAGCCAAUUUGAAAAAGUCUGUCAAUUACCCCUUCUCCAUGAACUUUCCCUCUCUAUUCUCACUUGCCCCGGGAAAAUUGGCGAUAUGCAAAUUACUCAUUUGUUUCAAAGGCUUAAAAAUGACUGCAAUAUAAAUGUAUUUCUGAGAAGAAAAAAAAGAGACAUGUACAAAACCAACUGUAACCUUAAGCAGAAAAUCUUUGUUCCAUGUUGUCAGGCAUUAGCAGAAAUAGAUAUAAUGAUGCUUUGCAAAAACAUUUUCAUCUGUACAGAACUGAUUCAAAAGUUAUUCACAUUUUCAUAGAAAAUAACAAAUCAAAAUAACUUAAUUGGUAAUAACUUAGUGACCCAACUAUUAAUUAGAGCAGAACCUCACUACCUGGAACUAUUAGCUGAGCUACUUUUCUUGAAGAGGGUAUUUUUGCUUACAAUUUGCUAAUUUGAACACUCUUGAUUUGCACUGUUUUCUUAUGUCUUCACAGUUCAAGCUAGUGAGGUUUUACUGUUGAGAGUAAUGAGCCAAUGUUACAAGCUAACUUUUGAGAAGCACUUUUGAAAUGAUCAAACAGUUCUUCAAGAUUGGCCAAAGCCUUUAAUCAUCAGUUCCAAAUCCUGAGAAAAAAUUUUAGAAUAACAGUCAACAGCUAUUCACAUAUUCUACUGAAAAACUCAUUUGAGAAGUCGUACAGGAAUUAAUGAGAUAGAUCAUAACAAAAUACCCACAAUCUGUUUUGUAUAUAUACAUCAUUGACCAAGCCUGAAGUCAAGAUGGCUGGAUAUUGGUCAAGUUCCUUUUUUGUGUUCUUAUGGACCAAGACAAAGUUGCAACUACUGAUUAAGCAACAAUAAAGGAAAAAAAAACAAUCACCUAAUUGCAAAGGACAACCCCUUUUUAAAGAGCUGCAUACCAAGUUUUCUAGCCACUUAGAAAAGCUAGUGAUGGGAUUUUGAUCAAGAUUUGAGGCAGGCAGAGAACAAAUCCCUGUAACUAGUAAAAAUCUAAUUUUACCAUUGAUGUCAAUAAGCAGUUUCUUUACAAUAAACUAGCUGCAAUCAUUUCAA